AUGUGGACAAUUGGAUUAUGUAUUGUAGCAGUUCUGGUCAUAUAUUUUACUUACUGGCUUAACAAAUGGAGCAAUCCAAGGUGCAACGGAGUCCUCCCUCCAGGUUCCAUGGGUCUACCCCUUAUUGGAGAGACCCUUCAGUUGAUUGUUCCCAGUUACUCUCUAGACCUCCACCCAUUUAUCAAAAAGAGAGCUCAAAGAUAUGGACCAAUAUUUCGAACUAGUGUGGCAAGUCGGCCUGUAAUAGUAUCAACAAAUCCUGAAUUCAACAAUUACAUUGUUAAGCAAGAAGGAAGGUUAGUUGAGAUAUGGUACUUGGAUACAUUUGCCAAGUUUUUGGGGAUGGAAGGCGAAAAUAAGAUGAGUGCACUUGGUGAUGUCCACAAGUACAUAAGAAGCAUCACAUUGAAUCACCUUGGUGCUGACGCCGUCAAGGAAAAGUUGCUUCCUCAAAUGGAAGAAUUUGUUAACAAAGCCCUACAAACAUGGUCAAGUCAGCCUUCAGUUGAUAUGAGAGAUGCUGCUUCUAAAAUGCUUUUUGAUUUCGGUGCGAAGAUAUUCUUUAGUUAUGAUGCUGAAAAAAUAUCACAGAUGAAUAUGAGCGAGAAGUUCACUAAUAUCUUAGCAGGUUUCAUGUCAUUUCCCUUGAAUAUCCCUGGUACUGCAUACUAUAAAUGUUUAAAGGAGCAAAAUGAAGCAUUGAGCAUGUUGAGGAAAAUAGUAAAAGAGAAGAUCAUUUCAACUGAAAAAAGUUCAGAAGAUUUGCUUGAUCAAGCUAUAGAUGACAUGGAUAAGAAGAAGUUCUUGUCAGAAGACUUUCUCGUCACAAUGCUUUUUGCGAUCUUAUUUGCUAGCUUUGAGUCUUCAGUAACAUUAUUAUUAACUUUGAAGUUAAUUGCAGAGCAUCCUGCAGUUUUACAAGAGUUGACGGAUGAGCAUGAGGCAAUUCUUAAGAGCAGAGAGAAUCCAAAAUCCUUACUCACAUGGGAUGAAUAUAAGUCGAUGACUUUUACACUUCAAGUAAUCAAUGAAGCUCUUAGGAUGGGAAAUGUUACUCCUGGGUUACUACGAAAGGCACUGAAAGAUAUUGAAUUUGAUGGAUAUACAAUUCCAUCUGGUUGGACCGUUAUGCUUGCAAAUUCUGCUCUUCAAUUAAACCCAAACAUAUACAAGGAUCCACUUGCUUUCAAUCCUUGGCGUUGGAAGGAUCUUGACCCAUUGGUUGUAUCUAAGAAUUUCAUGCCUUUUGGAGGAGGAAUUAGACAAUGCGCAGGGGCGGAGUAUACUAAAGCAUUCAUGGCUACAUUCCUCCAUGUUUUGGUCACCAAAUAUAGGUGGACAAAGGUUAAGGGAGGAACCAUUGCUCGAAAUCCUGUUUUGGAAUUUACAGAUGUCCUCCACAUGAAAUUCUCGGUGAAGAGUAAUUAA